AUGUCGAGCAGAAAGCAUAUGCUCUCGUCUAAGACGGUCUACCUCUUCCGCAACAUCCAGACCAAGCAGGUCGUUUCCUCGCUGACACGGCAAAUCAACAACGAACGUGCGCUCAAGCAACUACCCGUCGGCACCAAACACCUCGCCCCCCAAAAACUCCAGAUGCGAAAAGAUAUCUGGCUCCCCCUCGCCAUGGCCACCUUCAAAUCCUGCAAAUCCGCCCAAGCAGCCGAAACCCUCCUCAAACACUACAAACAACUCCGCGCCUCCGCCCCCCUCGACCCCGCCGAAUUCAAAACCACCAAAAAAGCCCGCAAAAUCAUCCAUAUGGACCAAAUCGGCGAAUCUGUCGCUGAUUUAGCGGCGGCGAUUAAGAAGGAUCCCAAGGGUGCUGUUGUGCAGUGGGGGAAGAAGGAGUUCAAGGCGUGGGUUGAGGAGGGGGCGUGGGGGGAGAAGUGCGAGCAUUUGGAGAAGGAGAUUUUGUUGGCGAGGGGGCAUGAGUGGAUUCCGGAGCCGGAGGUGUAUCUGGAUGGGAAGCGUGCGGAGUUUGUGAUGCAGGAUGGUGAGAUCAUGUCGGCUGUGCCUAUGUAG